AUGCGUUCUACCGAGCUAUACAAAAAUGAGGUCGUCAGAAUGGCCAUGGAAUAUCCGUUUUUGAUGCACGUCAUUCAAGUUAUCACUGCAACACAUGAAAGAUUCUUAGCCAGCCCAAGGAACGCACAGCGAUCUCUGAUCGAGUCCUAUCACUGGUCUCGGGGAGCUGCGUCACUGAAUCAAAAGAUUUCAUCUCCAAUACGGCCCCAGGACCGUGACGCUCUCUGGGCUUCUGCUGCUAUGCUAGGCAUUGCAAACGUCACUUCUCUUGAGGCAUCCACCCCGACGGAAGCCUGGCCAAUGAAGCCAGCCGAUCCGUCUGAUCUGACAUGGCUUCAUCUGACUCGAGGUAAAAUGGCUCUCUGGAAGGCCACAGAUCCUUUACGACCCGAUAGCGUCUUUCAUUUCAUGAAAGAUGAAUACGUGACAAUGUCGACUGAGCCUUCUAUCUUAGAGGUCCAAGAUAUGCUACCCGAAUUCGUUGAACUUUGUCGCCUCGACGAACCAUUGGCCUGCGACCGCAACCCCUACUAUUCAGCUGUCUCCACCCUGUCACAAUUGUUACCGAUCAAAUGUACAAGGGCAACCAUGAAGAAUUAUCUUGUAUUCCUGAACUUCAUGAAAGUCCCUUUUAGAGUCUUGUUACAUCAAAAGGAUUCCCGCGCCCUCCUUAUCAUGGCCUACUGGUAUGGGGCUAUGUGGGAUUCCUUAUGGUGGGUUGAGAGGCGAGCUCGGCUGGAAUGCCAGGCGAUUUGCAUGUAUCUUGAAAGGCAUAAUGGAAGUGAACGUGAUAUACAGAAGAUGCUUUUGCUUCCUCGGAUUCAAUGUGGACUUGCGUGA